GCAAUGCUCCGGACGAUCUGGAAUGCGCUGUGCCGGGCGAUUGCCUGGAUCGGCGUCCGGAUCCUCCUCUGCGGCCCAGUGCCGCAGCACAUCGCGAUCAUCAUGGACGGCAACAGGCGCUUCGCGGACAGGGCCGGGAUCGACAGGAAGAGCGGCCAUGGAUUUGGCUACGAUAGCCUCAUCCAGACGCUGGAGCUGUGCUUGGAUCUGGGGGUGAGGUACGUAACAGUGUACGCAUUCAGCAUCGACAACUUCGCGCGAUCGCAAGAGGAGGUGAGCGCGCUCAUGGAGCUCAUGCGUGAGAAGCUGGACCUUCUCGUCUCCAACGAAGGGCUGGCCACCGCGAAAGGGAUUCGCGUGUGUGUUCUUGGAGACUUGACCUUGCUCCCGGAAGAUGUAAGAGCUUCCGCGAAUCGAGCGAUGGCCGCGACCAAGCACAACUCCAUAACCGUGCUUAACAUAUGUGUGGCCUAUACAUCCACGCAAGAGAUUGUCAACGCUACCAGAGAGGCUGUCAAGGAAGCUCUUGGAUUGAGCUCAUCGAAGUCCGGUGGUUCUCAACUUACGAAUGAAAACGAUGGAAGGAACUCACUAAAGACUUUGGACUCGCAAAUCACAAAGGAAAGCAUCGAACGGCAUCUCUACACGGCAGGAUCUCCAUGGCCGGACGUGCUGAUACGAACCUCGGGCGAGACGAGGCUAAGCAACUUUAUGCUGUGGCAAGCUUGCCACUCGCACUUGGCCUUUUGCAACGUCCUGUGGCCCAACUUCUCCUUCCGGCACCUAUUUUGGAUCAUCUUCCAGUACCAGAAAAGCUACCGAUCUCUACAACACCACUGGAUCAAGGCCCAGAGCUUUUGGAUCAUCCUCCAGUACCAGAGAAGCAACCGAUCUCUACAACACCACUGGCACAAGGCCCAGAGCUUUCAAACUCGCCAAAAGUUUGGAUAA